ACUGACUUUCGGCUUUGACCUACAUUUAAAUAUUUAAAUUCAAGUUUUGAAAUGUAAAGUGAAACAAGAUCAUACACUCAAUCCUUGUACAUCCACCACAAUGGAUGAUAAUAUGGAGGAAGACUACAAUGAAUCAGGGAUUGAAAUAGUAUCUCUUAAAGACAGACUUACCCAUAUCACCAUCAAAGAUCUAGCUGUUGUAUUGCUUUGUGCAAUAUCAGUCUAUCUGGUACGUGUAAGAGACUCAUACUCCUUGAAACCAAUGUGGAGACAUGAUUUUAUUGAUCAGAAAAAAUUGACCAAUGAAGAUGACAUUAAAUUACCUUCCCCAAUAAUAACAGACAUUGAAAGCGAUGGUGUUAAUGAAGUUAUAUUUAUAACAAAUGACUUGAAAUUAAUGAUGCUGGCGCAGCCUAGACCAACCGAGUCGAUAGUACUUCCUCAUAUGGAUGUUAAAUUCGAGACAGUUCUUCCUGUGAAUGCAAGCAAAGGUGGAAAGACAAGUCAUCCUGUCGCUAUGACAACAGGAUAUUUGGAGCCGUACCAAGAGAUGGGGCAGAUUAGAAAACAAGUAAUUGUUGUAGUGACAGAUGAUUGGCACGUCAUGUGUUUCAAUCAUGAGCUUCGUUUUUUAUGGCAAGCACAACUGAUGGACGUUGGACAAGUUAGAGACAACUAUUUCGUGAAGGCAAUGAGUGUGUCUGUUAAUUCAUACAGUAUUAAGAGGGACGACUCUGGUUCUGUAUUAGUUGGUGGAAGCUAUGGUCACAAACAUCAUCAGAAAAGUUGGUCAGAUAUUAGUGCCCAGCAGGGUCAGUUAGAUGAUGAGUCACGUCAUGCAGGAGAGGAAGACAGUUACACACACUUCUCAACAUAUGCGCUUAGUGGUUCUGACGGCUCCAUUAGGUGGCACCACUUACCUGGGGACUUUGACGAGCAGAAGCCAGAACCAGAAGACUUAUGGUCUUCCCACCAUUGGAAACUAAGUCUAAAGAAAGGGCAUCUACAUGCUGGAGAAUCACAUUGGUCAAAAUAUCAUGAUGACAUCCUCACACAAUUGCCCCACUCCUGGCAUGACCUCUCAAGUACAUCCCUCAAUCUGGCACGUUUCACAAAGUCCCCAUCAAAGAAAACCAAAACUGAAGAUGUCACCCCGACAAUGGCAAGCAUCCUUGGUUCUGACCACAUAAUGGGAUUCCAAUAUGGCGGCUUACAACCACACUCCAAGGACGAACAUGUCGGAAAUCCUAAUGCUGUCGUAAUUCAAAAUCAUGAUGGAAUUGAAGUAUUGAAUCUUCAAUCGGGACAACCUAUGACACGAAUCAGUCUCCCUGAUGAAAAAACUAUCUAUACUGACAUAAAUAAUGACGGCAAGAUCGAUCAAAUCAAAACGUCAUUUUCACGUCCUUACUCAGAUACUCAUGAGUGCAACGCAAUAGUGAUGAGCUUACCUCCAAAUGCGAAGACAAUUUUUACUGGGCCAAUAUGUGAGACACCCAGUAUGAUGGGAGUGCUCUCCCAUAAAAGUGGAGACACAAUAUUUUACGAUUAUACAGUCCCGGAGGAUUUAAGACUAGCAGUGCCACCUAUAGCAGUCAAAAGUGUUGCUAAAAGAUCUGGUAUUCUCAACCAUAUAAAAGGCUACAACCUUUUAGCAAAGAAAGGUUACGAUUCUUUAUAUUUCACAAGCCAUGGGAAGGUCACCUCCUAUGGCCCAAGUGGAGAGUUCCAUUGGCAGGUGACACUGCCAACAAAGUGGGCCCACAUCACACAUGUAGUGGAUGAUAGCAUAUAUGCAGACUCCCUAGUAGCUAGUAUAUACCAACAUUCCUUCCAACCAAGUAUGAAGGCCAUCUCCCUUUUAGUGUAUGGCAGAGAGGAUAUUUUAUUAACCAGUGGUUGGAGUGAUAUUGCACUUACUGACCUCCAAGAUGGUCACCUGAUGGCAGAGCAUUCGUUACCAUGUAAACCAUCUGCUACCAUGGUAACAGGAGACUAUAACAAUGAUGGAAGGACAGAUAUCAUUGUGUCUUGCUCAAUAGGGUAUAUAGGGUUUUCAAUAGAGUCAGAAUCAAACAUUAUAUACACAAUAUUGCUUGGAAUGCUCCUCCUGCUGAUAGCCUUUUUCUUAACCUGGCUCUGCACACCUGAUCAUAUACAUGCCAUAGUGGACAAUGAUGACCUGUGACAUGGUCAUUUACAUGCCAUAGUGGACAAUGAUGACCUGUUACAUGGUCAUUUACAUGCCAUAGUGGACAAUGAUGACCUGUGACAUGGUCAUUUACAUGCUAUAGUGGACAAUGAUGACCUGU